UUGAGUGAUUCCCUGAUAGGAACUCAGCGGGGAAGGGGUAGCUCCACGGAGAGAGCUGCAUUCCUGCUGUAAUUCACACCCUGGGUGCCAAAAGCUUUGGACAAGAGGCGCGGGUGCGAGGAAGAUGAAGGUCCUGCCUGCACUGGUGAUGCUGUUUGCCUGCAAUGUGUUCACGGCUCAUGGGAAGCUCCCACACACAUUCACACCAGGUCUUGAGGGAAGCACUGUAGGAAAUCUGACUGCCCAUGGAUGCUACUCAGGAUGGCGCAGCAGCGGCACGUCAAGGGCUUUGAUGGACAGGUGCUGCCUGCUCCGCUCCUGCUGUUAUGCCAAGCUGGCUGCACGGCGGUGCCGCGUGGGACCAACCCAGCCCCUCACGGCUCCCCAGGCAGGAAUUCCCACUUGCAGGUCCGGGACCUGGUGCCAGCGAGGAGCCUGCAGAUGUGAGCGGGCAGCCUGGCUCUGCCGGAUGCGGGGUUGGAGGCUGUCACGGCGUCGCAGCAAGUGCCGGGGACGAGCUGGGCGGUGUUGAAACCAAAGGGCUUUUUGCCAAACCACCUCCAAGCUCGUAAGAAAAGGGAUGGAGGCGGGUCUCCCCUCGGGGCUUUUUUGGCUUUGACACGAGGACAACAUCCCUUUCGUGAAGCUGCAUCAUCACACACUGGGUUUGAGGAGGGAGAGCAGCACAGAUGCAAUGUUUCAGCCCAGAAAAACAAGGGCAGGGUGGACACCUGCGCGUUGUCCCUGUGAAAGGCGAGAUGGAAACCAGCUUGAGCCUCUCCACUGACACUCAUUUCCCCUUGGCAACCUGUCAGCUUCCUCUGCUUUUUGCUUCACUUUUUGCAGAUUCUCUUCUGUUGCUCUAAAAUAAAAGCAGAGAGUGUAAA